CUUCAGUCAUCGGUGCUGUACUGCAAGAAUAUCGUUUAUUCUUCAGAAUGAAGUGCUUAAUAUUGUUUGGCGUACUUCUAAUCGUGGCAUCAACCCUAUGCAAAGACAACAGUGUUAGAGCACCAUCCCCUGUAGAUAAGAAGAACGAAAAAGCCAAUCUAGAUAUAAAACUACCACCACCACGCGUAGAUAGUAUUAAUGACGAAAAAAACAACCAAGAUACAAAACUUCCACGACCGAGCAUAGAUAGUAUUACUGGCGAUGCAGAUAUCCUAACUGAACAUAAAACUAAGGAAGAAAUCGUCCACAAUGCUUCGGCCGAGGAUGGGAAGGAAAAGGCAAUUUUAAAGGAUACUCCUCCAAGUACUCCACCAGAACAAAACUCAGCUGAUGAACAAGAAGAACAAGCUGGAAAGAGGAAGAAACGAUUUAGUUUAACUUAUUCGGGAGUUUGGACAGAUGGUAUAAUAUUAUGGGAUUAUGACGCAACUAGCUAUGGUACAGGUUCAGCUGGUCAAAAAAAUGAAAUUCUAGUUUCUAUGAAAUAUUUGGAAGAUAAUAGCUGUGUCAAAUUCCAAGAAUUAAACGGGACUUCUCCCCCGGCUUAUGCUUUAUUUAAGAAAUCUUCGGGCUGUAAUUCUCAUGUUGGAAUGGUGGGAGUUCCAGGCCAGACAAUAUCGUGUUGUUCUAGGGAGGUUUGUGGUCAUGAAUUGUUACAUCUUGCUGGGAUGAGUCACGAACACCAGGCACCAGAUAGAGACAAUUUUAUUAGAGUAAACUGGAAAUACAUUAAACCUAAUGUCUUUCAUAAUUUUUACGAUUAUGACGAAUCUGUUGUCAACACAAUCGAUAUACCUUACCAGACCACCGUUACACUUCAUUAUAAAACAUCGUAUUUUAUGAUUGAUUAUAAGCCAACCAUCCAAAGUCAUUAUCAUGAUGUGGCCGUUAAGAACCAGUUUUACUACGCAUUUUAUGAAUUAAAUAAAAUAUACCAAUGUGCUUCAGCUCCAGAAUGUGCUGACUUUACCACUGAAUGCGUUAAUGAGGGUUAUGUAGCAGUGUAUAAGGGUGUGUGUACUUGUGUUUGUCCAGAUGGAUUAGACCCAGCAACCGGAUGUGCUACAGUUGAAACAGGAUAUAAUACAUACGAAUGGCCGUCUGGAUCGUAUGCGAUGAUUGCUGCUGAAGGUGGAUGUCCUCCAGGCUUUGAACUUGGAUAUCGUACUAGUUGGAGUGAGGGAUACAGCUGGCACCAACAUGCAUCACUAUCAAAACUUGCCGGCACCCAAGAUCUAUCUAAAUUUGAAUAUGAGUUCUGUGUUUCUCAGAAUAGCUUUUCCAGUAGUACUAAUACGUGGAGCCAAGGGAAUUAUUGCAUUCUUCGUGAAGGAGGGAGCUGUCCUGCAGAAUUCAGUGAGGGCUAUGUCCAAUUUGAUGACCAUAUUGCAUCAGCUGAGAGAAAUAACACCGCCAGCGGAGAACUUCCUGACGGUGUGUUUGGUGCCGACACGCGUCUUGAAUUUUGUUGCAGACGCGAUGGUAUUAAACAUAUUGCCCUCGAUCUACCCAAUGAGACACCAUUGGUUUUGUUCCAGAACGAUUUAAGCUAUGUUCAGGAUUCACCCGACACUGUGUGCCAGGAAAUAAAGAAUAUGAAGUCCACAAGAUAUUAUUAUACAUUUGAUAACAAAGCCGGUACUCUAGCUAGGAAAGAUGGAUCUACACCGUAUAUGUAUACCUAUCCCAACGGCAAUUAUUUCCUCUUCUACUUCUGUUAUUACGAACCAGUAGUUAGACCUGAAACUUGUGGAGGAGUUAUUGAACUGUCAGAAACAACUACAACAGUAACAAUAAAUUCUCCAAAUUACCCUUCAAACUAUGACAAUAAUCAACAAUGUUUCUGGUUAAUAAAGGGUCCGGUUGAUAGUAGCCUUCUUCUUAACUUUAACGAUUUUGACCUUGGUUCCACAUGUGGUGAUACCGUCGAGAUUAGACCAUGGACUAUUGCUGCGUCGAAUAGAAGAUUGUGUACAAACGAUGGUAGAACAUGGAGAAGUCAUGACAAUGUCAUGACCGUCAUCUUCAGAUCUAAUGACAACACAGUCAGUGGCGGCUUCAGUGCAACUAUUGACUUAGUUCUAGAUCAAGAGAAUUGUUUUAAGAAAUCAGAUCUAGGACAGUCAUAUCGAGGCUCAGUUAAUCAUACCCGAGAGUUCGAACCCUGUUUACAUUGGUCUCAAGUUAAAAAUUGUCGACAUGCUACUCAAAGUACAAAUGAUGUUAAUGACGGUUUAGAGGCAAAUUAUUGUAGAAAUCCCGGUGAUGGAGAUAGACCUUGGUGUUAUACCUCUCAGGCAGAUUGUGCAAGAGGUUUCUGUGAUGUAUGUGGCGUCGAGAGAGCUUUCGACAGAGAAUCUGCGAGCAGGUGUGCGACAUUGAAAGAUACUGUUACUAAUUUUUGUACUCAAGAUACCCGUGGCUUCAGUCUAUGUCGUGCAACGUGUGCCGACCAACUUCCAGCAAUUACUGUUGCCCCUUCAAUCGGAGACAUAUCUUGUUCUCCACCUACGGCAUUACCCGAUGGAACUACGAAUGAUGCAGCUAAGUCUAGUUAUUCUGUUGGUGACCAGGUUACUUAUACUUGUAACACUAGAUCUACGUCAUCAGUGGCAUUAACCUGUACAACUGACGGUACCUGGGCUGGUCCCGGAUCGGCAUGCAAAGUUUGUGAUGAUGGUUGGCAUGCAUACAAUAGUUUGUGCUAUUUUACUCACGAUACUACUGCAUUAUGGUCUACUGCUAGAGACAACUGUGUUAACGAUGGAGGGGUUUUGAUGAUGCCAAGAUCUAAAGACGAUAUUGAAUUUAUUCGGAAAAUCACACAUAUUGGUCGUGAAUACUGGGUUGGCGCCAGUGAUCUGGCUGUUGAAGGUACAUGGCGAUGGUUAGAUGGAUCAGAAGUAGGCGCACAAGAGCAAAGAUGGGCAGCAGGACAACCUAGAAAUUUGAAUGGAUGGACUGACUGUGCUCUGAUGAGUAACACAAUAGGUGGAAACACAUGGCGAGAUGUCUAUUGUUCGUACUAUCUACAUUACUAUUACGUUUGCCAAAAGGAUAAUAAUAUGAUAAGCCAGCCUUGUGUUGAUGUAGCUACUGACUGUCAAGAACAGUUUACGGCUGAUGGGAGCUUUUGUGAUACAGACAACAGUUAUGCAACUGAAUUCUGUGCUUUGACUUGUAAAAUCUUUAGUUGUACUACAGGGGCCUGUGAAGAGGGAUGGACCCUAGCCGGUAGCAACUGUUAUAAGUAUCAUAGCUACACUAAUGAGAAGAAUUAUAACGAAGCUGCCGGUGUUUGUAAUGAUAAUGGAGCAAUUGUAUCUGGUGUAAGACAGGGAGUCGAAAAAGAUUUGGUCGACUUAUUAAGAGGAUCAGCAACAAUAUGGAUUGGUGCCAAUGAUAUCGGUAACGAGGGAACCUUUACUUGGGCAGACGAGUCAGCAAUUGCUCAAGGCGAUACAAACUGGGCUAGCAGUGAACCAAAUAAUUAUUGGAACUUGGAACACUGUGUUAAAUAUAGUGGAGAAAAUGGAGUAUGGAACGACGUAUAUUGCUACUAUUACAAUAAUCAUCCCUUUGUCUGUUCCAAGCCUGAAAUCAGUUUACGAGUUCCAUGUGAUGUUCCUGCCACACCAGCAAAUACAGCUCUAUUAUCUGAUACCAGUACAUUUGAGAGUGGCUAUAUAUUGCGAUAUAAAUGUAAUACUAAUUAUUGGUUAGAAUCAGGUAACUUAAACAGAGGCUGUUUAUUAUCUGGUCAAGUUGGUGGAUCACCUCCUGUAUGUGUUCUUGGAUCGGAAGCUAAUGUAUUGACAUAUAUAAACGGAGAACAGUUAAAAUACAGAGGUGGUGUCAUUCCAAACUUUGCUAACGGUAUAUUUACUACUAAUCAUGAACAAUUCUAUAUACCAAGAGGUGGAGAGAUUGUUGAAUGGCAGUUAUACAGUAAUAAAGCCGGUCCUAUUGCUCUUCUUGUUUUACGACCCAGUGGAACAAACUACACAUUAGUUGGCUACAACGAAUUCAACACAGAAGGAAAUGGUGAGGAAUUUUUCAGUGUCAGUUCAGCAGAUAGAAUUCAAGUAGAAGCAGACGAUACAAUUGGUUUUUACAUCCCUGGAACUAUUCAAUCUGUAGCAGCUGAUGUACAUUCAGCCGCGAAUAGUCCAAAAUUCCCCGAGCAUAAGUUACGUCGAAGCGUUGACUCGCCAACAUCCACGUCCGCUCUUGUAAAUGGACAAACUUAUCAAUUCGCAAGCGAGGAAAGUUCUGAUGCAGUCAUCGUAUCGUUACGUGCUGUUGUUGGUCCUUCAUCUCUGUAAUAUUUAUGUUGAUGACAAUGUGCAAUAUACCGUAUUAUUUUAAUAAUAUGAGAUCAUUUUAUAUAUAAUUAUAUACAAUUGAUAUCAGUUUGUUUAUAUAUUAAUGAUAAAUAUUGUAUAUUGAUAUAAAGAAAAUAAUAAAUUUAGCAUUGCAAACGA